AUGUCGGCUGCGGAGGCGUUCUGCUCCACCAACGCCCCCACGCCCACGCUGCCCGAUAAUGCUCCAAGCAUUCGCCUCCCCCAAUUCCGCCAUCCAAGAACUCGCUGCAAGACCCGCCCCCGUGCAGAGACAGCCUUAGCUACCGCGUGCACCACUCCCCGUCCUCCCGGCUCUCCUCCACCGACGCCUCAUGCACGAUCGACACCCACACCGCGUUCUCCCCAUGCAUGUCCACCGCAUUCCUCCACACCGCCCUCCUCCCACAAGCGCUCCAUGAGCAUUCCCCAGAGCAACUCCGUCUCCACUAUGCUCUUCACCUCCGCCCUCGACACCGCCCCGCUCAGGGAGGGCGUCGAUAUCGCCCUCGAGAUUGUCCGCGCAGGCAUGGGCGACGACCACCCUCGCGAGAUCUUCAAGCCCCUCUGCCUCGCUUGCGAGACCCGCAACGAGAAGCUCAUGGUCGCCAGCCUUGACUGCAUCUCCAAGCUCAUCUCCUACUCCUUCUUCAUCGAGGCCAGGCCUCCCGAACACGCGUCCUCCCGUCCCCGCCCCUGUCCCCGAAGCGACCUCCCCCCGCCCUCGCUCGUGGACCUCGUCGUGCAUACUAUCACCACCUGUCGCACUGAGACCACCGCCGACUUGGUUAGGCUCCAGGUCGUCAAGGCUCUCCUCGCCCUCGUCCUCUCCUCCACCAUCCUCGUCCACCAGUCCUCGCUCCUCAAGGCCGUCUGCACCGUCUACAACGUCUUCCUCAUGUCUACCGACCCCGUCAACCAGACCGCCGCCCGGGGCGGCCUCACCCAGAUGGUUCACCACAUCUUAUCGCACAGCAAGGUCGCCCCGCCCGUCACUGCAGAGUCCACCGCGUCGCUCGCGUCCAAGGCCGACGAUGCCCCGUUCGCAAAGCACGACUCGUUCUCGCCAUCCAUGCCGGACACUGAGCCGCCGCGCGCGCUGCCGUCCUAG